CAAUACCACCAAUCCAGAUAGCAGUGGCAUGCCUGAAGCAGCUGAAAACUACAACUCCCAGAAUACCUUUCACAGGAAUAAACACGAAGAAGCGAGUGCAGCCCCAGGAGCAGUGGUAUGACAUCACACUAGACAACAAGAAGGAAGACCUGACUCUAGACUUUGACUGCCUGACGUCAUUCUCAAAACAGUCCAAUCACGUGCCAGAAGACGAUGCCCGACCGCUGUGUGGCGUAUGGGUGUGGCAAGUCGUGGGAAGAUGGUGUUACUCUGUACAAUUUCCCUAACAAUGACACAGAGGAGUUUCAGAAAUGGGAGAAGCAGGUCCAGCGGACUCGGAGCAACUGGACCGCCUCGCCGAACUCCCAGCUUUGCUGUGAACACUUUGGUAAGGAGUGUUUUGAAAACAAGCCCUACCCCGUCCUCAAGGCUCUCGCUGCCAAAGGACAGCUGAAGCUGAAGUAUGGGGCUGUCCCCACAGUGUUCAUACGGCCCCCCUGCACCUCCUGUGAGGGCUUCGGCUGCAACGUGUGCACCCCCAAAGCCCAGAGACGUGGCGUCCCUGUAGAACCACAGGAAUAUGACACGGAGGAUGUUGAAGGGGGACCUCUGCAGUCGGAUGACACUGAUGCAGAGGAUGAUGAUGAAGAUGACGAAGAUGAAGAUGAAGAUGAUGAAGAUGAGAUGGAUGAUUCUUUUGGAGAUUACUACUCUGCUCUCACUAUAGAUGACGGACCGGUGGUGUGUGAGAUGUGUGGCUUCAGCGGGACCAGAGACACCUUCUAUUCCAAGACCAAGCGUUUCUGCAGCGUCUCCUGCUCCAGAGCCUACUCCUCCAACUGCAAGAAGUCCUCUAUCCUGGCACGACUUCAGGGAAAGCCUCCCACCAAGAAGGCCAAGGUGCUGAUUAAGACUCCCUGGUCCACCCAAAUGGGAAACAUGAUUGCAUCUCUGGGAAGCAGUCAGGACAACAGCUCCAGCUCUACUGGACAGGAUGUUGCAGCAACAGGAAACUUUGACUGGGGUGCUUACCUGGAGAAGGCAGGCUCUCUUGCUGCUUCAGUGGCCUGCUUCAGACAUGCGCCACUCUGUGCCCAGUGGGAUGACAUCACAGUGAGGUUAAAGGUAGAGGUCCUGAACACUAGUGCCAUCCUGCCCAGUAAAGUGUAUUGGAUCGCCAGCAUCAUCCAACUUGCAGGCUAUAAAGCUCGGUUGAGGUACGAGGGCUUUGAGGAGGACAGCAGCCAGGACUUCUGGUGCAGCCUGGGUUCUGGAGACAUGUACCCCAUCGGAUGGUGUGCCAUGACCGGCAAGCUGCUGGUGCCACCACAGGCUGUGCACCAGAACAUCUCUGACUGGAAGGAGUAUCUGAUGAACCGGCUGGUUGGAGCCAGAACUUUGCCUGUGGACUUCUAUAUGAAGCUGGCCGAGAGUAUGAAGUGUCCGUUCCGUACUGGCAUGCGUGUGGAGGUGGUGGACCGCACUCUGGUGAGCCAGACACGGCUGGCAGUGGUGGACACUGUGACCGGAGGCCGCCUAAGACUGGUCUAUGAGGACGGGGAGCAGGAGGCCAAAGGGGAGCCCCUCUCUGAUGUCUGGUGCCAUAUGUGGAGCCCCCUUCUGCACCCAGUGGGCUGGUCCAGCAAAGUGGGUCAUGUCAUCAAACUGGCUGACGUUGACCACCCAACAUUCCGUAAGGUGUACUGUGAUAGCGUCCCCAUGCUGUUUAAGAAGCCCAGGACUGUGUACAUGGAAGGAGGCUUCUUUGAGGUGGGAAUGAAGCUGGAGGCCAUCAAUCCUGUAAACCUGGGCAACAUCUGUGUGGCUACUAUACACAAGGUGCUGUUGGAUGGCUACUUGAUGGUGGGCAUUGAUGGCACAGAUGGGUCGGGAGAUGGGUCUGACUGGUUCUGCUACCAUGCUUCCUCCCAUGCCAUCCUACCCAAGGGAUAUUGCCAGAAGCACAACAUCCAGCUCACACCACCCACUGGUAAUACCUUACACUCUCUCUCCUCUACUCUCUCUCUCUCCUCUACUCUCUCUCUCUCCCCCCCCUAA